CUUAUUUAUUCUAUUCAUAGGAAUUAAGGAUAGCUCUCAUUCAUUAGAUUACAUAAUUACUCAGGAGCAGUUUCAGUUUGAUUGUGAAAUGUGUGUCUGAUUUUGCCUUCUUGUUUUUCCUGAAACCAUCUGAUCUUUCCCAGUGUGAUGAUGGGAGUUUAGUAAGGUGAACUGCAGCCUGACUAAAAAACAAAUAAAGAAGAGGAAACGGAGCAGCAGUGUGACAAUGGACGAGUCUUUUGAUCCACUCAAGUGUAACGAGGACCUGCCUUCCUCACCUGGGUGUCACAUGGAUUAUGAUGACAUGCCGGAGCUGCAGGAGGUGGAAGAGGACCAGAGGUCUUCGGGGUUAUUUCAGGUUGGAGCAGUUUCUCACCAGGAGCUCAGCUGCUCUCCAAGCACCAACUGGCUCGCUGAGUUAGCCAACAUUGCCACCAGUCCUCAAAGCCCCCUGCUGAAGGACGCCCCACAUAAGAGAUCGUCUCCAGUUCACAUCUUUGGCAACAGUAAUAGUUUACAUUCCUACGCCCGACCCCCGUUAGCGAGCAGCGCACCCAACCCGUCCAGAGGCCACCUCAGGGAGCGCAGGCGUGUCAGGGCAAGUAGCGAGUCAGAGUCCGGGGUUUUUUCGAUGUCCUCAUCAUUUUCAGACGAUGAAGACAUGGCCUGGUCUCACUCCUGGCCGUCCACGGCCUGGCAUUGCUUCCUCAAAGGAACCCGCCUUCGCUUCCAUCGCGGUCCAAAUGUGGAAUGGCAGGAAGCUGAUGAACUGGGUGAUUCAGAUGACGACUCAGACGAUGAAGCCAUGAGACCAACUUCACCCUCGAUGAAGAGAUAUGGUUCUGAUGGGCUGAAGUUGGUAAACCACGAAGAGACGAUAUCUUUCAGCCAGGCGGUUCUUAAGCUGACUUUUGACCCAGGCUCGCCUGAUCAAGGCCUUCUCACAGCUGAAUGCCGACUGGAUCACCCGUUUUUUGUCAAAAAUAAAGGGUGGUCCUCCUUUUACCCGAGCCUUACUGUGGUGCAUCAUGGGAUCCCGUGUUAUGAGAUGCAGCUGGGAGAUUUGUGUCUGCCGCCAAACCACCCCGAUGCCAUUAACUGCGAUGACUCUGUCGUCUUUGACACUUUCAGAAGUUACGACUUCACCCCUCUGGACUCCUCAGCAGUGUACGUCCUGAGCAGCAUGGCUCGCCAGCGCAGGGCCUCCCUGUCCAGCGGGGGCGCCGUCAGCCCGGACUGGGAGCGCGCCAGCUCCCCGCAGUCCUCCAGCAGCAAGUCGAGCAGGAGUCACAACUCAGGGACAGCCAGUGGUGCCACGCCCACAAAAUGCAAGCGGCCAAUGAAUGCCUUCAUGCUCUUCGCCAAGAAGUACCGAGUGGAGUACACGCAGAUGUACCCUGGGAAAGACAACAGAGCCAUUAGCGUCAUCCUGGGGGACAAGUGGAAGAAGAUGAAGAGUGAGGAGAGGAGGAUGUACACGAUGGAGGCCAAGGCGCUCGCCGAGGAGCAGAAGAGACUCAAUCCAGACUGCUGGAAACGCAAAAGAACCAACUCAGGUUCCCAGCAGACCUAGAUAAUCUCCCAGAAUCCCCUGCUGCUGGUGUUUUGGCGCGGAGAGGCGACGGACCCAGUCUGACGGACUGCUCGAUGCCUCUUUGCUCUCCUGCAUUUUCAAGACUCAACUGUGAUGCUGAACUCACUCGCUUUUAAUAAUCUUGCAACCUUAAAGUGACGAACCAGAAUUAUGGAGUAUAUACAAAACAUGUAAUCUAGUCACUAACAGUGCAUAUAUUUUCUUAUAUCUUUUAACAUCAAAGAUGUCUUAUUCCCUCUGAUGCAAGAAGAGAGAUUUCAUCUCCUCAUUUAUUUCAGGUUAUUUCUUAUUUAGUGGUGGGAGAAAAAAA